CUGCUGCAAGCAGGAUGCUUGCUUUUCAUUCUAAUCAGAUAUGAGGCUUCAGGUUUGGAUGUAGGUACCUAUCUUGAUGGGAAAAGGGAACCUGCCAGAGACAAUGAAAAAAUUUGGACUUAUUGGAGUACUACUGUUACCCCAGGCUUCAUCCGGGUGUCAUCCUCAUGUUAACCUUAUGAAAGAGGAGGAAACCUGCAUGACAGAUCUGCUGCUUUUUACCCAACAAACAGAAAACAACAUCAGUGUACAGUGUAAGGGAAUGUGGGAUGAGCUGAACUGCUGGCCUCCUGCUUCCCUCGGGGAAACUGUCUCUCAGCCGUGUCCAGAGUUUUUCAGUUCUGAAGCUAAAGUGCAUCGUAACUGCACUGCCAGCGGCUGGACGGACCCGCUGGUUCCACAUGAAGAUGCAUGCGGCUACACCUUCAAUGAGACACUCCACUUUCUCGGAGAGUCCUCAGACUCCCAUUUGUAUUUCUCCUACGUGAAGACCAUGUACACGGUGGGCUACACACUCUCCCUCAUCUCCCUCUCCAUCGCCGUCACCAUCUUCUGUCUGUUCAGAAAGCUGCACUGCACCAGGAACCACAUCCACAUCCAGCUGUUUAUCUCCUUCAUCCUGAGAGCCAUCUUCAUCUUCAUCAGAGAUUCCCUGCUGUUUCACAACGAGGAGCUCUACCACUGCGACUACUACCCGGUGGUGUGUAAGGUGGUGCUGAUGUUUUCCAACUACUCCAUCCUGGCCAACUACAGCUGGCUGCUGGCGGAGGGUCACUUCCUGUUCACGCUGGUGAGCCGCUCCUUCUUCUCCCUGAAGAAACACCUGGCCUGGUACAUCGUCCUGAGCUGGGGUUUACCUCUGAUUGUCAUCGUCUCCUGGGGAUGUGCCAAGUACUUUUAUGAAGACGAAGGCUGUUGGGAAACCAGGAGGCAUGAAUGGAUUUGGUGGAUACUUCGAGUGCCAGUUCUUCUGACUAUAUCUAUGAACCUCGUCUUUUUCUUGGGCAUUUUGAAGAUCCUGGUGAACAAACUCAGGAUGCCAGACGCACAGAGGAAUGAGUUCAGCCAGUAUAAGAGGCUGAUCAAAUCCACCUUUUUCCUGGUGGCUCUGUUCGGUCUGCACUACAUCCUGUUUGUGUUCCUACCUGUUGAAGUCAGCAGCUCCGUGUUUAAGAUCUGGAUCUUUGCAGAGCUGGCGCUGUCCUCCACGCAGGGUUUUGUGGUGUCUGUGCUCUACUGCUUCAUGAACGGGGAGGUGCAGCAUGAGAUCCAGAGGAGGUGGAGGAGGUGGCAGCUGACUCAGCAUCUCCCCAGCCGGCGGAGGCAGCACCACGGCUCCAUCAGCCACAGCGGCUCCCCCCACACCCAGGUCUCCCUGCUGCCCUGCACCCUCGCAGGCCCCGUGGACACCGUGGAGGUGUGACUCCAGCUCCGAUGGGCUCGUUUAGUCUCUCCGUCCGUCGAUACCUGAUGGAGUCAGUCAGUACACCACUGCAGAUUGUGUUUCUGAUCUCUGGAGGGAUUUUAUUGGAUGACAUAACGAUGUGAAAAGCACUGAGGAGGCCCAGUUAGUAAUAUCAAACUUCACUUGUAUAGAAAUACCAAUUUAUUAUCCAUAUAAAACAAUCUAUAUAAGCUCCAUUGUACGUGUCUAUAUUCACAAUGUUCUGGAUGUUUACCUUGUUUUCAGAGAGCCCUUACCGACGGGGAACUAAAGCUUUCUCUAAAUCCACCAGACUCCUUUGACCAAAACUGUAAUCGUACCUCAAAGCAUACACUGUUUGUUUUAAAUGCACUUGUUGGACAUGUGGCCUCACAAGUUGUUUCUUAGAGAACAGCAGAAACAUUUUGAGGCCCAAAGAAGAACAAGUCUUUGUUUUUGAUACCAGUCUUGCAAAGCCAAUGCUUUUUUAUUUUACAUUUUUAUAGGAAAAUGUACAUUGUGUUUGCACUUAAAAGGAACAGCACUCACAUGAGACGAGUCAGAAGAUGAUGAAGCUUAUCACCUGCUGACCCUCGCUUCAUUUGAGCACACUACAGUGUCUUACAUUUUGUCAGCAAUUAAAGAGCAAAGAGUGCAGCAGCAGGUCAAAUCUGUUCUAAAUGGAGUCCAAUGUGUUGUCUAUUGAACAAAAGGAGAAAUGUGAUGUUGGAAAUAAUACAGAAGGCGUGAGACUCUGACUCUAUAUCCCAUAUUUUAUCUUCAGCUCCUCCACCAAUUUGAUAUAAGCCACCAUCGCUUCGUCUUUGCCCAGGCCUGUCAUUCCAAAAGAUAAAAUAAUAAGCAAAGGGUGUAACAGCGGAAUCAAUAUCAGUUAAAGUUGUAUGUAGUUGGGUAAAGAUGUUACCUUUUCUCCGUUGCCAUGCAUCCCAUUUUCCUCGUCCUGCCAGGUCGAAAAACCCUGGACGAUCUGAGGAUGUUAAAGCAAAUAAGAGUGAAAAAACUGAAAGGAAAAUGGACUUUGAGUAUCAACCGUAAAAGUGCUCAGUGCAGAAGAAUUGCACAC